CCAAACCCACAACGAGUUCGUCAUCCCGUUCCUCGCUCUCUAAUUCAAUGGCGGCCACGGGCGAAAGGAACAGAGCAGCAACCAAUCCGACAUCUCGAUCACUCUUCGAUCUCCCCCCCGAUUUCUUCGAUUCAUGCCGCCUUCUGUCCUCUUCUAUUCUCCCAACAUCAUCAUCCUCAUCGGACCUUGACCUUGGUCUCGGUUCCCCUAGUGACGGGGGAUCAAAGGCCGCUAUUUUCGAUAAAGAAGAAGAAGAAAUUAAUGGAUUCGGUAUCGAUGAGAAGGAGGCAGUCCCAAGAUGGACCUGCAACACUUGCAAGUCUGAGUUCGAUUCUCUGCACGACCAGCGCAUCCACUUCAAAUCCGACGUCCAUCGUCUCAAUGUUAAACUGAGCCUUGCUGGUAAGGAAACUAUCAAGGAAGAAGACUUUGAGGUUGAGAGCGUUUCUUUAUUUGAAGAUUUUGAUGUAUCAAGCAUAUCUGGUUCAGAGGAUGAGUUUGAAAAAGGUGUCAUCCCAAACUUGGGCAUAUCGGGAAAGGGAAAAGAAGGAGAUAAACAGAAACUUUAUCUCCACCUCCAUUCUGGAGAGAUAAUUUCUAUUCAUAGAAGCAUAAUUCUGGAUGAGUCUGAAGGCCUUUUGCUUGAGAAUGGUAAGUCAGGCAAUAUAGCCAAUGCUGGAUCUUCCGCAUACGCAGAGGAAGCUGAGUUGAUCAGUAGAUUAAAACUUUUGGUUCGCGAGCCACGAGAUAAAACACACUUAAGGAUCAUUCUCCUUAUGAGCGGUGGACACUUUGCAGGCUGUGUUUUCGAUGGGCACUCAGUUGUAGCCCACAAAACAUUUCAUAGAUAUGUUGUUAGGGCCAAGGCUGGCAAGAUACAAUCUGCCAAAGAUGCAACUGGAAAAACUGCAAAUUCUGCAGGUUCUUCUCUUCGCAGGCAUAAUGAAGCUGCACUAAAAAAGGAAAUUCAGGAACUGCUUGUUACUUGGAAGCCGUAUAUUGAUUCCGCCUCAUGCAUUUUUGUCUAUGCUCCUGCAAAGAACCGUCAAAUGUUUUUUGAUUUGGAGAAGCCACAUUUUACUUUACAUAGCCAUCCUGUUCGUAAUGUCCCUGUGACUGUUCAUAGGCCAACGCUGAAGGAAGCCAAACGUGUAUAUAACCAUUUGACACGUGUUGCCUAUGAGAAUGAAUCAAAAUCCAAUUUGGAGGAAGUCUUAGCUUCAUUUGCUCACAAGAAAGAAAAUAGCAAUAGGCAAAUGAUUGAGAACCACUUAAAAGAAAGCUUGGUGAUAAAUGAAUCUUUAGCUGGACCAGCUGUAGAGUGUUCACCAAGUGAGGGUGAAAAUAUAGGCUCAUCACUUUGUGAAAGUGAAACGACGCCACUGCAUGAGGCAGCAAAAUCUGGUGAUGCUCAAGGAACUCUUGAUCUUCUUGAACAAGGUUUGGAUCCUUGUAUCAGAGAUGCCCAUGGUCGAACUCCAUAUAUGCUGGCAACAGAGAAGGAAGUCAGGAAUACCUUUAGAAGAUAUAUGGCUUCAAACCUUGACAAAUGGGAUUGGCAUGUAGCCAAUGUACCUAGUGCAUUGACAAAGGAAAUGGAGGAGUCUCAGGCGGCCAAGCAGGCAGAGAAGGAUGCCAAGAGGAAAGCUAAAGCAAAAGAAUUGAAGAAAUUACGAAAAGCAAAAGAGAAGGCAAAGGCCCAGGCUGCCGAAGCCCAAAAUGUAUCUCUGCAUUCUCCAAAUGACCAAGGAUCUGCGUUACAAGGGAAAGGAUCUGUCCCAGUUGCUAGUACUAAAAAGGAGCCAUAUUUUCGUGGCAGACUCAUCAUUUCUAAAGAGGAGGAGCAAAAAAGGACAUUGGCAGAGGAAAGAGAAAAGAGAGCAGCUGCUGCUGAGAGAAGAAUUGCAGCUCUAAAUGCCAAUCGAACAAAUGCCACAGUAGCAGCUCCAAGUAAUUCUGGAUCCAAAGGAUGCUCAAAUGAUGUUGCUUGCUCAUGUUGUAAUGCUUCCUUGGCUGGAAAAAUUCCUUUCCACAGGUAUAAUUACAAAUAUUGCAGCACGACAUGCAUGCAUGUUCAGCAGGGAAGUUUGCUGGAGGAUGGAUAACAUUAUAUAUAAGAUAUUAUAUAUAUAUAUAUAUAUAUAUAUAUAUAUAUAUAUAUAUAAUAUAUAUGAUUAUUUGAUUAUAGUUUUGUUUUUUCUCUUUUCUUUUUUUUGGCUUGAGUAUACCAUAUGUUCUGUGUACGUUGUAUUUAAACAAAAACAAAAUCUAGUACUUGAUGCUUCAAAAAUUUUCCUUUUUUAUUUAA